CUGCAGUGAGGUUUUUCUAGCAAACACACCAUUAGGUGUUAAAUAAAGCCCUAUGCACUCUCCAGAGACUAUGGAAAAGUUAACUGAUUUUUCCUCCAGGGUUAAGCUUUACUUCAUGUCUGGCUGCUGCGUACAAAGCGGAGUCCAUUUGCAGCCCAUUAGCUCUAAAGGGUUAAAGAAAGGCUUGUACAAACUUUGCUUGUAGUGUAGCUUGCAGCCUCUGCUUUCCCUCUCUCCUCUUUCUCCCCUGAUGAGGUACAGUAGUGCUGGAGGAGAGCUACCUUGCCUUCUACAAUCUAACUGUUGCCUACAGCAGCCAAAAGAGGGAACUGGCUGGCUCAGACUGCUUCUAUUCAAGUGCUUGAAUAGAAGACUUUCCCCUCCUCUCUCUUGUUGCACGUGAAGGACGAAUAUCAGCAUUUAUGUUCUUAAAUCAGGCUGUCAGUUGGCAUCUCAAGAGCUGGAAUACGAGCCAACCCUGACUACUGUGUUGCAAAACCUUCAGUUCAAGAGCAAAGAAGAAAGUGCACUUAUGCUUUUUGGGAAGAAAGAAAAUAUCUUGGCUCUAGAGACAACAAAUUUUUCUUCAAAAACCGGUUUAUCCAAAGGGAGAUGUUCCUAGACAAAUCAUCGGCAAGUUCAUCAUCUGAACCAGAUACUUUCAUGCUUAGCCCCAACAAUCCUGCUUGCUUUGAAAGGAAGGCUGAUCUCUGGCUGGCCCUAAUGAAAGAAUCAUUUGAAGGCGGGAAGUAGAAAAGACCUGAUAUUCUUUAAACUUUGUUUAAAUCUACUCAUUGAUGCUCCUAACUAGGAAGAGCAGAGAUCAUCAAUCAGAUAAGCAGAGAUAAAACAAUCCUACCAUACUGCUUAAGGAUAAAUCAUCUGCAGUGUGAUCAGUUGACAGAAAGUUCACUUUCUUUGCUGAGAAAGUAAACCCUGGAAAGAACAAAGCCUUACAACAGCUCGGAUGUCAGUCCUAGAAGACGACUGAAGCAUUAUAUCCCCUGGAGAGAUUUGGGCAAAAUAAAAACCCCGUGGUAACAUGAAACGUGAGAUUUGAAUUUUUUUUUUUUGUCAUUGUAACUAAUAGGACAUGUGAGAAAUGACUCCCAAAGGCUCUUCUAGGGCAAUCUGCUUAGCUCAGUGGGCUGGCGUUCUCAGCACCAACAUCGAUAUCCCUCUUCUUUCUGCAGAGCACUGGUGAGAACCUAUCCAUCCUUCAGGUGUAAGUGCCCUCUCUGCAUAGCCCUGCAUGAGCUUGGUGAAGAAAGACAACAUGUUUACUGGUGAAUAGAGAAAAUGGACAAAACCUGACAGUGAGCAAUGACUGAGAUUUAUUUUAAAUACCGUGGGAAUCUAACUGGCCGCUCCCACUUCCCAACUCUGGCUACAGAAGUAGAUACGACCACAGACAAAUAUUCCAACCUGUACAUGUAUGUGGGUUUGUUCCUCACGCUCCUAGCCAUUCUUCUCAUCCUGCUCUUCACCAUGCUGUUACGCUUGAAACAUGUUAUCUCCCCAAUCACUACUUCUCCAGAAAGCACAGAGAACGUCCAGCAGUUCACAGAUGUGGAGAUGCAUGGCAGGAUUCCUAGCACGUAAUGCACCAGAAGGAAAAAUGCUGGAAGAAAGAAUUCUUCAGGUCAAGAAUCCCUUCCUUUUGGUCAAAUGUACAGAAUGGGGAAUGGCAAGCUUUGUCUGCCCGUGGUUGGGUAUCCAAGAGGACUGCAAGCAACAUGUUUUGAAAGGUUUCAUUUCAGUGAGGACAGAGGAAGACACCUGUCCUAAAGAAAAUCAGAAACAUAAAAGCCCACUUGCUGUCAGGAAAGAGUCAGAUCCCUCCAAACAGCCUUGCAGCAAAUAUUUAAAGCUACCAUAAUAACAGUCAAAAACCAAAGAGAAACUUGAAAGAAUGUUUUCCGAAAGAUAUAUCCAUUGAGCUAUCUUCCCAUCUAUUAUAGAAACACAUUUCUUGUAUGUAAAAAGAGAGGACACAACAACAUUUUUUGUGACACAAACUUACUGAGUCCACAAGGCACAUACAAAAUUGAGCAGUGGCUUCUGAAUCCCCAGACUUCCAUCCUAUGCCAGAAGGAAAAGCUUUCCAGAAGAAAAGUGUUUUUUUUCUACUCAGCAUAGCAGAUUUGCAAAAUGCAGCUUCAGAACUAUAUAAAUGUUCUUAUAAAUGGAAUAUGCAUCACAUAUUGGGGAUGUUAAUUACUUUGAAACAUUAAAAAUCAAAUGGUGGAUGGUGCAUGCAAACUAUCAAAAGAAGAAUGUUGAUUAAAAAUGAAAGAAACUAAAGGUAAAAUGGUAUUUGCACAAAACAAGCAGUACUUGAAAGGAAAACUCAGGGGACAGGUUGCCUCUACAUCCCUGUCCUUCCUUUCCAGGAAUUGAGUUGCCUGCAAAUUAUGCUUAUUUCUUUCAACCUUCCAGUAUCACUCAAUGAUUAAAUGCUAGUUAACAUUUGUGAAUUAAUUUAAUAUUGUUGAUCUUACUAGGCCCAAACUUAGCACAACCUUUUCCAUGUUGGGUUAUCCUCCGAAUGCUUCUCCUCCUCCCCUGCAACAAAGACAGUGGAAAAAAUGCCAGCACCUGGCACUGCAAUAAUAAAUCAGCACACGUAGCUUUGUACUUUAGAGUUAUCCUAAAUAACUAAAUAGUUUACAUGGAACUUUAAAGAAAAGCCUGUGAGCACCAUAAAACAGGUUUGAGUUUCAAGAUCUCAGCAGACCAGUUGGAAAAGAAAGAAAAAACUAUAUUAAAAGUAUGAAAUGAUACACUGGCAAAGUCCUUCUAGUCUCUUUAUAUUUAAAUGUACACUACCCUCUGUUAAAUAAACAGAGACUUUCUUCAUGUGGAUCAGAAUAAUGAGCAUCCAAUAUGACAUGCUAAUAAUGUUGGUGAUGUUGGCACCACUAUCCCUUGCAAGAAGCCUUUAGCUAGAGAUAAUCUCAAAUUCAUCUGUACAGGUCAUGGAUUUUAACUAGCAUAGUUUUUGCUCUAGUCUAAAUCUAGCCUAGUGAUAAAGCUCCCUGGUGCUUUCCACUUUUAUAGGCAAUCAUUUGCCAAUUCCCCUCUCUCUAAGGGCCUAGAAAGUACAAACUCCCCACACACAAACAGUGCUAAAAUUAGAAAUGACACUGACUCCAUAGUCCUGUGGUAAUAACAAGAACUGGUUCUUCCAGGGCUUCAGAAACUGCGGUAUCUUUAUUUACGUUCUGAGAUCUAUUGGGCUGUUUUGGACUGGGUGUUUGGCUCCUUCAUCUGUUGUGAUAGGAAAAAAUGGUGCACUAUAUCUACACUGGACAUGUCUGCCUUCCUUCAAGGACUAGUGUUGUUUGCCACUGCUGUUCUUACUAGAAUAUUGUUUAAAGAUCACUUCUGCAUAUUGAAUGGUAUCAUGCUCAAUAUGGCUUCUUGUAUAUACAAAGUACCCCAAGAAAGGCAAAGUCAACAUGCAAAACACCUAGUGGAGUGGCUGCAUGAGCAAAUCCAACAGUUAAUAUGCUUUCAGCAAUAACACCUAUCCAGCCCUGGGCAUUAGAACACACUUACCUGGAAGCUGAUGGUAGUCCAGGCUGUCCUUAACCCCUGUGCCAAGGGGUCAUCACUUGACUAUCUAAGAUGUCAGUUUUAUUUUUCCUCUGAGGAAUGGCAUCUCUAGCAGUGCAGCAUUAGCCUGAUGUGCCAAGGAGCCCAGGUUCUGCUUGCUGUGGGAUUUAAUCUUGCCAUGCCAUACUGCCACCAAGUCAUACUGCCAUGGACAUCUAAAAAGGAUAUGCAACAUAAGUUUACCUGAUACAAUUCUUUUUGUUUAGCAACAAGAGCACAUAAUAAUGCAAGUUAAAGUAUAUAUUUAUCUAGCACAAUCUUAACUUCAUUGCCAUCUUUUCUAUGGCGUUUCUUGUAACCCUUGUAAUGAUUGCUAAUCUAAAACAGGAAGAGAACAAUUAAGACAUGACAACUGCACAUGGAGGGAAUGUUCUACCUCCAGAGACCCAGGAUCGAACUGCAGGUUUUGCUAAAUGGUCUACAUGCCAUCAGGCGUAAAGCAAGAUGACAGAAUCAGACGCUAGUUUGGGACCCCACCCUGACUACCCCGAGCUCAGUAGCAAUGUUCUCAAGGGUGGGCGGCAGGAUUGGGCUUCUGCUUUUUCUGUUAAAGUUCCUUUAAAGUUCCAAUAAGCGUUAACAAGAGUUCCUUAAUUGUUGAAAAAUAAAUUUCAUAAAUAUAAUGUACAUAAAGGAUUGAUCCAUUUUAUAUGAGAUUAUAGUUAUAUUAUAUCAUAGAAUAUAUUUGGGCAGAUACUAUAUUUCUAAAUAACACUGCCAGAAAAGGCAGCCUUUACUACCAACAGAUAUCUUUACUCUUCCAGUGUUUUGUGUCUCCGUUUCAAGCAGAACAUAGCUCAGUAUACCAUAUACCCUGGUAUGGUCCCUCGACAGGAUAUUUACAACAAGAGCUAUACGUAUUUUUGUUAGAAAGAAUAUAUUCACAGUAUGUGUACUAGUUGUCUUUACACAGCUAGCAAUUUUAAAGUUGGCUUUUCUCAUUAAAAAUGUUCUCCCA